AUUGCAACAAACGAACCAAAGCUCGUUUACUGCAACGCUCGCUUAAACGGCAAAGUCAGCCUGUGAAGUGACGCUUUCGUGCGCCCCCUCACCGAUACCAAUACCACGCUUUAACUAACAUAGGCAAGCUGGCUCAGGCGGAGGACAGGGCACAAGCCCAAUGGCCAACCUUGCCACCAGCUCUUUUCGGUGGAGCGGAGAUUGAUAAAGACUUCGAGAAAAUGGCGAUGCAGCUGCUGGACAUGAAACCAGAGCCAGCCGACAUGACUAUGGCUGAGACUGAAGCGGAUGCAGUCCCGAGCCCACUCGCACAGGCCAUCGCGCAAGCCAGCGCACAGGGCCGCCGGCGAAAGACGUCAACACGAAAGAAGCCUCUCAGGCCCCAGCAGCAGGCGCUCGUGGACAUGGAAGAUAAGCUAGCCGAGCUUCUGCAGGUAUACCAGACCGCAGUCCAGGAGAACACGCGCCUCAAAGCACGGAUACGCGUCAUCGAGGCGGUGCUGCCGCAGCGGCAACAAACGCCAGGGCCGGCCAGCUCCGCGGACGCAGCCCUGGCGCUGGUAGCGGGAACCCCCGACACCAGUGCUGGCCAGGGCGACGGCAGUGACCCGGCCACGUCGAUGCCGUUUGCGACAGCAGCGCCUGGUCAAGUAGCGGGCGGCAGCCCGGCAAUGCACCCGCUCCCGCCCUCGCUGCGCACACAGCCCGCCGGCGCCGGCGCUCGUUCCGCAUCGCCGGCUCCGCGCCCGCAGCGUAGCCGCCGCAGCGAGGCUGUGUCGGGCCGCAGUGUCGAGCGCUCCUGCAGCCCCGGCAGCGAGGCCUGCAGCCGGAGCACCGCCGAGAACGACGGCUCGCAGCGGCAGGGGUCGGUGUCGCAGGGGACGCCGGCGCAGGACAAGUCAGACCUGUGGAUGGCGGCCUGGGUCAACUGGACGCGUGAGGCGGCUCUGCUCAUAUGCGCCUACGAGGCGCGGCCUGCCGAGGAGUUCCUCCAGCGCAUGGAGGCGGCCUUUGACCGGCUCAAGGGCCGUGUGGUGGAGCUGGGGCUGCCGCACUCGGAGCUGGUCAGCAACAUGGACCAGCGCAACCUGGACACGGGCACGGCGGCGGCGCCGCCCUACAGCUUCUGGCGGGUGGUGGUGGAGCGGCUCAACUGCAACACCGCGCAGGUGUCGGCCUGCCGCGCGGCUCUGGCGCUGUACCGCGAGCGCAUGGAGGUGGUGAUGCAGCAGCGGCGGCAGCUGGCGGAGCGGCUGGCAGCGAGCAUGCAGAGUCUGCAGCUCGCGCAAGGGCAGGAGGGCCAGCUGCGCUCCAGCCACCACCUGGAAAAGACGUCAGUGGAGGCGGAGGCGGCGGCUGCGGAGCUGGACGCAAACGUGGCGGCGGAAGGGCAUGCCAUGCGUCUGGCUCGGGAGCUCCUGCGUUCGGACAUUUUCACGCCACUGCAACGAGCGCGCAUCUCUGUCCUGUCGUACCCCUACUUUCCGGACGCGCUGGCAAUUGUGGCGACCAUUGCCGGCGAGGCGGAGCUGCCGUCCGCCGCGCAAGCUACAGCCGAGUAAUGGCUAACGGCGCAGUGACCCUGCACCCACUGCCUGUAACAGUCACCAUCACGGUAGCCUUGGAUGGAUGAACGUGCCGCCGGCGGGCAGGUGCAUACGUCAGAGGACGGGGUCAGUUACCGGUAUUGAUGUUUCUGCUGCAGGCCCGAUGUGGGUUUAAUUGUAUGUGGUUGCUUCGGUCGCUGUAGGACAACAGAUGAAGGCAGGUCGUCUCUGCUUGCUGACCGGGCCGCGGCACUUAGUACUAACACUCAUGGGUAAUUGCGAGAUUGCUGCUCGUUUGUAUUAUCAUACUGUUGCUCGAUUGGUCUAGACGUGACAGCACAGGCCUCCUGCAACGGCCCUGGUUGGGAUGAAACCCGCACAAGGUAUUCACGUAAACACACCAUGCAUGCGGACCCUGGCCCCCUCCCAAGCCGGGGGCGCUAGCGCACGAUCUUGCUCACAGGAGCUCUUCGGCGCAGUCCAUACGCAAGGGCAUUGACAAACAGUUGCGCCUGGCCUCGUGAGGUGCAGUGCCGGUUUCCCGCGUGUUGUGGAAAUGCCAUGGCGACUGGGGGUCGCAGUUUGCUCCCAGGGUUUGAAUUGCUGGGAGCAGCGCAGGGCAAUCACGACGCGUGCGCCUCGAAGCUAUGUCGCAUACGGUACUUAAAUGCCUCGUGUUGUGGUGGAGUUCCAUCUAGUCUAUAAGUGCAAGUUUUUUUUACCGUGCUUAUGUUCGUAUGACGGCCGUUAGGGGCUGUUGCGCCCUGUGGCUGCUGCGCCCUAGGCGCUCCAGUUGACCAUAGUGCGGCGCUGCGCUGCGCUGGGCUGGGGUGCUGGGUGCUAAGCUGCAGCUUUUGACGGCUGGUUGGACUGCACAUUUACCAGGGUGGCAGGGGUAACCGCUGUCCUGGUGGGGCCAUAGUUCUGCUGUACAUACAUUUGGGGCGCGAAUUGCAGGGAUUAAAGAGGGGUGGAGUUCAGGCUUACUGGUACCCAGCGGCCUUCAGUGCGUGUGAUUGGCACAUGAGCAAGUUGCCUGUUGCCUGCCUUCGCAGUGACGUUGUGAACUUACGCUGAUCCUGCUUGCGCACACGACUAUCCUGCAGCUGACCUUGACGUGGGUGCUCGCGAGUUCAUGACUGUUACUUGAGGCGGCCAUCGUGGUGAGGGGCUUUGAUUUCGGGUGUUGCCGAGUGCGCAGUCAGCGUGCCGAGUGGGCAACCGAGGAGCUGUCAUCGGUGGUAUUUGGGGUCUAUGAGGCGUACGGCAGGGGCCACAUGUCCACAGGGAUACGGGGAGACGAGCCGUCGCAGGGCAUAGGAGUUGCGCAGGCCAGGCGAGGAAGGGAUUGGCUUGUCCGUACUGGCAGAGCGCCCUAGAGGAGGAGGAGGGCCAGUGAGGGCCAGGAGGAGGGCCAGUGAGGGCCAGUGCUGACUAGUGCUGCUCCUGGAUGGUUUCAUACUCUCAUGAA